CCACUUUUAUUUUCUCAUAAAGUCAAAAGAAAAGGUGUGGGUCCUUCCUUCAUAGCUUACCUUUACACCCCCCUUGACAACCCCUUCGCCGGAGACCGGACUACCAUGACCUCCCGCUACUAUCCCAGCUCUUCCUCCUCCUCCGCCGCCUCAAUCAAAGGCUGUUGCUGCUGCCUCGGCCUCCUCUUCUCCUUCCUCGCUCUCCUCUCCCUCGCCAUUAUCCUCGUCAUCGUCCUCGCAAUCAAACCCAAAAAGCCCCAAUUCGAUCUCCAACAAGUCACCGUUCAAUACAUAAACUUCGCCGCCACCAAUUCCUUCACCCCCGCCGUCGAUUCCCCCAGCUCCGCCUCUCUAUCCCUCGUCAUACGCAUGCUUUUCACUGCCAAAAACGAAAACAUAGCCGGGAUCAAGUACCGCGAUUCCACAUUCAAUAUCAUGUACCGUGGAGUCCCAUUGGGUCGGGGCACAGUACCCGGGUUUUACCAGGCGGCUCACAGUGUGAAGAACGUACAGACGACUGUGUCGGUGGAUCGGGUGAGUCUGUUGCAGACGGAUGCUGCUGAAUUGGUGACAGAUGCUUCUGUUAAUGAUCGGGUGGAGCUUCGGAUCAUGGGUGAUGUAAAUGCUAAGAUUCGGGUCAUUGGGAUUACUUCGCCCAGUGUGCAGGUAUCUAUAGAUUGUUCAAUAGUGAUAAGCCCAAGUAAACAAUCUCUAAUUUCCAAGCAAUGUGGAUUCGAUGGUUUGCAAAUAUGAUGAAGCAAUGUGGAAUAAUCUUCCUCUAAUCUUUUAUAUAUUAGUUAAAAAUUUUGCAAAAAAG